GAUCCAGCGCGGCAGCGGCUGGCGGCAGCGGCGGGGCGGGCACAUCGCCGGGGAGCGGAGUCGCGGCUGCGGGCAGGGAGAGGGAGCCCGCUCCUCUGGAAGCCUGGAGGCAGAGGUACCCUGGCUGCAAGGGGCUUGAGGGGAGGAGGAAGUCGAAUGUAGCCAAAUCUUUGUAGUUCUGCUAAAUAAUCAAGUGCCGAAGGCAAACCUUAGGCAGGAAGGGUAGAGAGAUGGAGCCUACUGUUUUGGAUGCCGGCUUGAAUUUUUUGUUUACUUUUCGGUUUUAACCACUGCUGAAUGUGGAUUUUGGGAGAGAACCGGAUGGCGGUUGUUCCGUUGUUCCUUGUUUGAAUUAAAUCUUAGUUCUGCUGCUUGUGGAUUAUUUUUAUUAUUACUAUUAUUUAUUUAUUUUUUAAAAGGACCUUUCCAGGUAGCUGACAAAAUGAAGCCUUUGUAUUUUUCAAUCAAUUAUACCUAAUACUGACAUUCUGUUGAGUACGAGAGACUUGUAAGUGCUGCCUCACUCAGAGGACCAUUAAAGACUUUCUCUUUCGCUCCAUGUAGCUGAAUGUGUUACGACACAUCUUUUCUCUCCCCCCCGAUCUUCCGAAAGAUUUUUCCAAAAUGAAGAAAUUUAAUUUUCGCAAAGUUUUGGACGGUUUAACUGCCUCAUCCCCUGGAGGAAGCAGUGGUGGUGGCAGUGGUGGUGGAAGCGGGGCUGGUGGAGGCUCCAUGCACCCAGGAGGGACUGCAGGAGCUGCAGGGACGCCCAGAGAUGAGAUCCAGGAGACGCUCACUUCAGAUUAUUUCCAGAUUUGUAAGACGGUUCGCCAUGGUUUUCCUUACCUACCCACUGCCUUAGCUUUUGACCCAGUGCAGAAAAUCUUGGCAAUUGGAACAAGGACAGGAGCCAUACGAAUAUUGGGCAGGCCUGGUGUUGAUUGCUACUGCCAGCAUGAAAGUGGCGCUGCAGUUCUGCAGCUCCAGUUCUUAAUCAAUGAGGGUGCUUUGGUCAGCGCAAGUGCAGACGAUGCACUUCAUUUGUGGAAUCUCCGACAGAAGCGACCAGCUAUCCUACAUUCUCUGAAAUUUAACAGGGAAAGGAUUACUUACUGCCAUCUACCUUUCCAGAGUAAAUGGCUUUAUGUUGGAACAGAGAGGGGAAAUACACACAUUGUAAAUAUCGAGUCCUUCAUUCUUUCUGGAUAUGUUAUCAUGUGGAACAAGGCAAUAGAACUAUCCACAAAGACUCACCCUGGGCCAGUUGUACAUUUAAGUGACAGUCCAAGAGAUGAGGGAAAACUAUUGAUAGGCUAUGAAAAUGGGACUGUCGUAUUCUGGGACUUACGAUCUAAAAGAGCUGAUUUAAGAGCUUAUUAUGAUGAGGCUAUUCAUUCUGUUGCUUGGCAUCAUGAAGGAAAACAGUUCAUGUGCAGUCACUCUGAUGGCAGCUUGACCCUAUGGAAUCUGAAAAGUCCUAACAGACCAUUCCAGACCACAAUUCCACAUGGAAAAAUUCAAAGAGAUGGAAAAAAACCUGAAUCUUGUAAACCAAUUCUUAAAGUAGAGUACAAGACCUGUAAAAACAGUGAACCAUUUGUGAUAUUUUCUGGUGGAUUGUCAUAUGAUAAGGCUUGUCGAAGACCAAGUUUAACAAUCAUGCAUGGGAAAGCAAUUACAGUUCUUGAAAUGGAUCAUCCUAUAGUUGAUUUUUUAACUCUUUGUGAAACCCCAUAUCCAAAUGAAUUUCAAGAACCCUAUGCUGUAGUUGUGCUUUUGGAAAAAGAUCUCAUUGUUGUUGACCUGACACAAAGCAAUUUUCCAAUCUUUGAAAAUCCAUAUCCUAUUGACAUUCAUGAGUCACCUGUUACCUGCACAGAAUAUUUUGCGGACUGUCCUCCAGAUUUGAUUCCUGUGCUCUAUUCUGUAGGAGCAAAACAUAAAAAGCAAGGAUACAGCAAUAAGGAGUGGCCUAUCAGUGGUGGAGCGUGGAACCUUGGAGCUCAGACAUAUCCUGAAAUCAUUAUUACAGGCCAUGCAGAUGGAUCAGUAAAGUUUUGGGAUGCUUCUGCCAUUACUCUACAGAUGUUGUACAAGUUAAAAACAUCAAAGGUCUUUGAAAAACAGAAAGUGGGAGACGGAAAAGCAACAGCUGAGAUUGUGGAAGAAGACCCAUUUGCUGUUCAGAUGAUGUACUGGUGUCCUGAAAGCCGAAUUUUCUGUGUGGCAGGAGUUUCUGCGUAUGUGGUUGUUUACAGGUUCAGCAAACAUGAAGUAAAUACUGAAAUUGCAUCAUUAGAGGUACGACUUCAGUCUGAAGUAGAAGAUAUUAUUACUCCUGAACCGGAAAUAAUUCCUUCAUUUCCAGAUGCCUCCUCCCAGCUUCCUUCUUUAAAGAGCCUUUCAGGCAGUACCAACACUGUAGGAUGUGAAGGAACAAUGAAGGAUAGUAUCCCAUGUCUUAGCGUUAAGACUCGUCCUGUGCGAAUGCCGCCUGGAUACCAAGCAGAUCUUGUUAUUCAGUUGGUGUGGGUGGAUGGUGAGCCUCCACAGCAGAUUACCAGUCUUGCUGUAAACUCUGCUUAUGGACUAGUGGCAUUUGGAAACUGCAAUGGUUUGGCUGUUGUGGACUUUAUGCAGAAGACAGUACUACUGAGCAUGGGAACCCUUGACCUAUAUGGAUCAAGCGAUCCAUACCAGCGUCAACCCCGUUCACCUCGCAAAAGCAGGCAGUUUGCUGCAGACAACUUUUGCAUGCGUGGCCUGUCUAACUUUUAUCCAGAUUUAACGAAACGGAUCCGUACUUCCUAUCAGAGCCUGACUGAACUCAGUGACAGUCCAGUUUCCCUGGAGCUAGAGCGUUGCAAGUCUCCCACUUCAGGUAAAGAUCACGUGAAUGGUCACUGUACAAGUCCAACAUCCCAGAGUUGCAGCUCAGGAAAACGACUUUCCAGCGCAGAUGUCUCCAAAGCAAACCGCCGCGGGCCUGGGCGGCCCCCAUUCAGGAAAGCACAGUCUGCAGCCUGCAUGGAGAUUUCUCUCCCCGUCACCACAGAAGAAAAUAGGGAAAACUCCUUCAGCCGUUCCCGAAGCUCCAGCGUGUCCAGUAUCGACCGGGACUCCAAGGAGGCAAUUACUGCUUUGUACUUCAUGGAGUCCUUUGCCCGAAAGAACGACUCCGCUGUCUCCCCGUGUCUCUGGGUUGGAACAGGCCUCGGUAUGGUCCUAAUCCUCUCCCUUAAUCUGCCUGCUAGUGAUGAUUUACGGCAGUCAGAGCCGGUCAUGGUGUCACCAAGCGGCACAGUUCUGACACUGAAAGGAGCUGUGCUGACCUUCGCGUGCUUGGACUGCAUGGGGACAUUGACACAUCCACCGUACGAAGUAUGGAGGGACCCACACAGUGCUGAUGACGGUGAAAAGACAAGGAGAAGGAAGCUUGUCAUGCAUUCCCCUUCCUCCUCCCAGGAUAUGGGUGAUCAUCAAUUUGCGGUCAUUUGUUCAGAAAAACAAGCUAAAGUCUUCUCAUUGCCUUCCCAAACAUGUCUUUAUGUCCACAACAUCACCGAAACGUCCUUUUUAUUGCGAGCAGAUGUGGUCACCCUCUGUAACAGCGUCUGUCUGGCGUGCUUUUGUGCCAAUGGGCACAUCAUGACACUGAGCUUGCCCAGCCUUCGCCCACUGCUGGACGUCAACUACUUGCCAGUAACAGACAUGAGGAUAGCACGGACCUUUUGUUUCACUAACGAAGGGCAAGCUUUGUAUCUCAGCUCUCCCACAGAGAUCCAGCGCCUGACUUACAGCCAGGAGAUGUGUGACAAUCUACAGGACAUGCUUGGGGAUUUGUUUACUCCUGUGGAAACACCAGAAGCCCAAAACAGAGGCUUUCUCAAAGGACUUUUUGGAGGAAGUGGACAAGCUUUUGACAGAGAGGAGCUUUUUGGCGAGGCCACAGCAGGAAAAGCCUCUCGCAGUCUUGCCCAGCACAUCCCUGGAUCAGGUGGAAUUGAAGGUGUGAGAGGAGCCGCAGGAGGCGUCAUUGGGGACUUGACUCGUGCACGAAUUGCCCUUGAUGAGAGAGGACAGAAGCUGGGAGAGCUGGAUGAAAGGACUGCGAGCAUGAUGGCCAGCGCCGAGGCAUUUUCCAAACAUGCACAUGAGGUGAUGCUGAAAUACAAGGACAAAAAGUGGUACCAGUUUUAGACUUUCACAGAAGCUACUUGUGGCUUUAAGAACACUGUUCAGGGAAGCGGCAGUCAUUCCCAAAUCUACCAGUCACUGGCCAGAGACAGGUUUUUUUUCUCCUAGAAGAUGUUUUCCUGUUACUAUUAUUGGAUUCAUCAUGGUGGGAGGCAAGGAGAAAUGUUACAGACCGUGAGAUGGAAGCUGAAAUGACGUGGGUCUUACUCCAGCAGCUGGCUCAUGCGGUAGACAAUUUUUUCCCGAAAGCAUCACUGUGGCAUGUAGUUUCUCAGAGGUAUGAACUGUGGGGAGUGCAUCUGGUUGAAAAUACUCUGUACAAACUCAAAUGUUAAUGCACUUACUUAUAAACCUUUGCAUGACUAAUUGACAUCUUAAAAAA